AUGGCGCCCGCAGCCCGCAGCUGGGCAGGAGAGGGGAAGGGCGCCCGGUUGGGGGAGGGGAGCGAGGAAGCGGGAGGGGCACCGCGGGGCGCCGGUGGGGGAGGCCGAGGCAGGGGCGUCCAGGAGUGGGCUCACAGCGGGUGCCGGCGGGCAGGUGACGGCCGGGAGGGGAGACGUCCGGGGCGGUGGUGUGAGCAGACGGAGACCCUCCUGGUGGAGGAGGAAGUGACCCCCCGUCGGGAGGACCUGGUGCCCUGCACCAGCCUCUACCAUUACCUGCGCCAGGGCUGGCGAGCGGACCUGUCCUCGGGUGGCCCCGCAGGGCUCUGUCCCAUCUACAAGCCCCCGGCGACCCGGCCUGUUCCAUGGAACCGGACAGUGAGGGCCUGCUGCCCGGGCUGGGGGGGCUCCGACUGCGCCCUGGCCCUUGCAGACACCAGCCCCGAGGGCCACUGCUUUGCCACGCGGCGGUGCCAGCCUCAGGCAGGCUCGGCUAAUGCUUCUGCAGCAAGCCUGGAGGAGUGCUGUGCCCAGCCCUGGGGUCACAGCUGGCCAGAUGGCCACUCCCAGGCCUGCCUCAGCUGCCCCAGCCAUCAGCUCCCAGGGAGCACCCCCUCUCCAGCCCCCCUGCAGCCCCUGGCAGGGGCCGUGGCCCAACUCUGGAGCCAGCGCCAGCGACCCUCGGCCACCUGCGCCACCUGGUCUGGCUUCCACUACCGCACCUUUGACGGCUGCCACUACCACUUCCUGGGCCGCUGCACUUACCUGCUGGCAGGUGCUGCUGACUCCACCUGGGCCGUCCACCUGAGCCCCGGGGGCCCUUGUCCGCAGCCUGGGCACUGUCAGCUUGCCCGGGUGCUGAUGGGACCGGAGGAGGUGCUGAUUCGGGGCGGAAAUGUCUCUGUGAAUGGGCAGCCGGUACCUGAUGGGGAGUCUCAGCUGCUCCCUGGGCUGAGCUUGCAGUGGCAAGGGGACUGGCUGGUGCUGUUGGGAGGCCUGGGGGCCGUGGUGCGGCUGGAUAGGUCCGGUUCGACCUCUGUUUCUGUGGACCACGAGCUCCAGGGACAGACGCGAGGCCUCUGUGGGGUCUACAGUGGUUGGCGUGAAGAUGACUUCCUGGAGCCAGGAGGGGGCCUGGCUGCACUGGCGGCCACCUUCGGGAAUUCCUGGAGGCUCCCCGACUCAGAGCCUGGGUGUCUGGAUGCGGUGGAGGCAGCCCGGGGCUGCAAGGAGCCCCUGAGGGGCUCGGAAGCGGGCGUGGAGGCUGGCCAGCUGCGGGCUGAGGCCCAGGAUGUGUGCCACCAGCUGCUGGAUGGCCCUUUCAGAGGAUGCCAUGCUCAGGUCCCCCCUGCCGACUACCACGAGGCCUGCCUCUUUGCCUACUGUGCCGCGGCCCCAGCGGGCACUGGCGGGGAGGGCCGUAGGCAGGCUGUGUGUGCCACCUUGGCCAACUACGCCCAGGACUGUGCCAAGCGGGGCAUCCACGUGCUCUGGAGGAAGCCGGGCUUCUGUGAGCGCCUGUGCCCGGGAGACCAGCUGUACUCGGACUGCGCGUCCGCCUGCCCGCCCAGCUGCUCGGCGGGGGACGCGGGAGCGGAGGGGUCCGGCCGAGAGGAAUGCGUGAGCGGCUGCGAGUGCCCGCCCGGCCUCUUCCGGGACGGCACCCUCUGUGUGCCGGCCGCCCGCUGCCCCUGCUUCCACCGACGCCGGCGCUACGCCCCCGGGGACUCUGUGCGCCCGCGGUGCAACCCGUGCGUGUGCCAGGACGGCUGCUGGCUCUGCGCGCAGGCGCCGUGCCCCUCCGAGUGCGCGGUGGGCGGCGACGGGCACUACCUCACCUAUGAUGGGCGGAGCUUCUUCUUCCGCGGCAGCUCAGGUUGCCGUUCCGUCCUGGUGCAGGACUUGGGCAAGGGGCAGCUGCUGAUUGUGCUCGAGCAUGGGGCCUGCGACUCUGGGAGCUGCCUCCACGCCGUCUCGGUCUCCCUGGGGGACACCCACGUGCAGCUCAGGGACUCAGGAGCUGUCCUGGCCAAUGGGCAGGACGUGGGCCUGCCCUGGAGCAGCCCUGGGGGCCUCAGCGUCUCCCGAGCCUCCUCCGCCUUCCUGCUGCUGCGCUGGCCCGGAGCCCAGGUCCUCUGGGGGGUGUCUGACCCUGCAGCCUACAUCACCCUGGACCCCCGCCAUGCCCACCAGGUGCAGGGGCUGUGCGGCACCUUCACCUGGAACCAGCAGGACGACUUCCUGACGCCUGCCGGCGACGUGGAGACCAGCAUUGCUGCCUUCGCUCGCAGGUUCCAGCUGGCAGGGGAGGCAAGGUGCCCCUCGGACGACAGCACCCCACUUUCCCCCUGCAGCACCCACACACAGCACCACGACUUCGAGGAGACAGUCUGUGCCAUCCUGAAUGGCCCGGCCUUCCAGGAGUGCCACGGGCUGGUGGACAGGGAGCUGUUCCACCGCCGCUGCCUGGCAGCCGUGUGUGGCUGUGCCCCCGGCAGGGACUGCCUGUGCCCGGCGCUCGCUGCCUAUGCCCGCCGCUGUGCCCAGGAGGGCGCCCCAUCUCCCUGGAGGAACCAGACUCUCUGCCCUGUCCCGUGCCCCGGGGGCCAGGAGUACCAGGAGUGUGCCCCGGCGUGCGGUCGAAACUGCGGGGAGCCCGAAGACUUCGGGGAGCUGGGCAGCUGUGUGGCCGGUUGUAACUGCCCCAAGGGGCUGCUGUGGGACCCCGAGGGCCAGGGUGUGCCCCCCAGCUUGUGCUCCUGCCAGCUCGGAGCCCAACGCCAUGCCCCUGGCAGUGCCACCAUGAAGGACUGCAACCGCUGUGUCUGCCGGGAGAGGGGCCUCUGGAACUGCACCGCUCGCCGCUGCGCCCCCCAGUGGGCAUUCUGCCCCCACGGGCUCGUCCAUGUCCCUGGCGCCUGCCUCCUCACCCGUGACAGCCCCGGGGCCAACCACUCCUGCCCCCCGGGCAGCUCAGGGGACUGUGUCUGCCCCCCGGGCACGGUAUUGUUGGAUGAGCACUGUGUGCCUCCUGAGCUCUGUCCCUGCCGCCACGGCGGGCAGCGGUACCCACCCAACGCUACCAUUCAGGAGGACUGCAACAUUUGCGUGUGCCAGGGCCGGCAGUGGCACUGCACAGGCCAGCGGUGCAGUGGAUGGUGCCAGGCCUCGGGUGCACCCCACUACGUGACGUUCGACGGGCUGGCCCUCACCUUCCCGGGGGCCUGCGAGUACCUGCUGGUGCGCGAGGCCGGCGGCCAGUUCACAGUCUCCGCCCAGAACCUGCCCUGCGGGGCCAGCGGCCUCACCUGCAUCAAGGCGCUGACCGUGCGGCUGCAGAGCACUGUCGUGCACAUGCUCAGAGGCCGGGCAGUGACGGUGAACGGGGUGAGCGUAACGCUCCCCAAGGUCUACACGGGCCCCGGGCUGGGCCUGCGCCGAUCCGCCGGCCUCUUCCUGCUGCUCACCGCCCGCCUGGGCCUCACCCUGCUCUGGGACCGAGGCACCCGGGUCCUGGUGCACCUGUCCCCGCAGUUCCGCGGCCGUGUGGCCGGGCUGUGUGGAGACUUUGAUGGAGAUGCCAGUAAUGACCUGCGGAGCCGCCAGGGAGUCCUGGAGCCCACGGCCGAGCUGGCGGCCCACUCCUGGCGCCUCAGCCCUCUCUGCCCCGAGCCCGGGGACCUGCCACACCCCUGCACCGUGAACGCCCACCGGGCCGCCUGGGCUCGCGCCCGCUGUGGGGUGCUGCUGCAGCCGCUCUUUGCCCGGUGCCACGCGGAGGUGCCCCCGCAGCAGCACUACGGGUGGUGCGUGUACAACGCCUGCGGCUGUGACUCAGGGGGCGACUGCGAGUGUCUCUGCUCGGCCAUUGCCACUUACGCAGCGGAAUGUUCCCGGCAUGGGCUCCACGUGCGCUGGCGCAGCCAGGAGCUCUCCCCUCUGCAGUGUGAAGGGGGUCAGGUGUAUGAGGCCUGUGGCCCUGCGUGUCCCCCCACCUGCCAUGACCACGGUCCUGAAGCCGGGUGGCACUGCCAGGCUGUCACCUGUGUGGAGGGCUGCUUCUGCCCUGAGGGCACCCUGCUGCAUGGAGGCGUCUGCUUGGAGCCGGCGUCCUGCCCCUGUGAAUGGGGGGGCAGCUUCUUCCCACCAGGCACGGUGCUACAGGAAGACUGUGGGAACUGCACGUGCCAGGACAGCCAGUGGCUUUGCGGGGGUGGCGGCGGUGCCCGCUGUGAGGAGCCCGGGCCUGGCUGUGCAGAGGGAGAGGCCCUGUGCUAGGAGAGCGGGCACUGUGUGCCCCACGAGUGGCUUUGUGACAACCAGGACGACUGUGGCGAUGGCUCGGAUGAGGAGGGCUGUGCCGCUCCGGGCUGCGGGGAGGGGCAGGUGUCUUGCAGCUCCGGCCGCUGCCUGCCCCUGGCUCUGCUCUGCAACGGGCAGGACGACUGUGGAGACGGGACGGAUGAGCAGGGCUGCCCCUGCCCCCCGGGCUCCCUGGCCUGCGUGGACGGGCGUUGCCUGGCCCCGGCCGUGCUGUGUGACGGGCACCCUGACUGUCCAGACGCUGCUGACGAGGAGUCCUGUCUGGGUGACUGCACCCCUGGGGAGGUGCCCUGCGUCGAUGGCACCUGCGUGGGGACCACCCAUCUGUGUGAUGGAGUCUGGGACUGUCCAGAUGGAGCAGAUGAGGGGCCCGGGCACUGCCCCCUCCCCGCACUGCCCACGCCCCCUGCUGGCACCUUGCUCAGCCCCUCUGCUGGCUCCCUGGCGGCCGCUCCAACUCCCCUGGCCAGCACCAGCCCUGCGCUGCCCUGCGGCCCCUUGGAAUUCCCGUGCGGCAGCGGCGAGUGCACCCCGCGGGGCUGGCGCUGCGAUGGCGAGGAGGACUGCACGCACGGCAGCGACGAGCGGGGCUGCGGGGCGCCCUGUGCGCACCCCGACGUGCCCUGCGCCCGCGGCCCGCACUGCGUGGCCCCCGCGCAGCUGUGCGACAGCGCGCCCCACUGCCCCGACGGCUCGGACGAGGGCCCCGACGUCUGCGAGGAGCUGCCGGCCCCGGGAGGCCCCAACGGGACAGGGGUUCCCUGCCCAGAGUACUCCUGCCCGGAUGGCCUCUGCAUCAGUUUCCAGCUGGUGUGCGAUGGGAAGCCUGACUGUGAAAUGGCAUCAGGGGCCAAGGUCUCCGCAGAAGAGCAGGGCUGUGGGGCCUGGGGCCCCUGGAGCCCAUGGGGGCCCUGUAGCCGCACGUGUGGGCCCAGGGUGCAGGGCCGGAGCCGCCACUGCUCCCCGCCCGGGCUCCCAGUGCUGCAGCUCUGCCCGGGGCCUGGGUGCCAGACUCAGGCCUGCCUCACGGCUGCCUGCCCAGUGGAUGGUGAGUGGACCUCCUGGUCGCCCUGGUCCCUGUGCUCUGAGCCGUGCGGGGGCUCCGAGACCCGGCAGCGGCAGUGCCGCCCGCCCGAGAACGGGGGCCGGGCCUGUGCUGAGCUGCCCGGGGGCCCACACAGCACCCACCAGACCCGUCCCUGCCUUCAGGAGGGCUGCCCCAAUGCCACCUGCUCUGGGGAACUCGUGUUCUGGCCCUGUGCCCCCUGCCCUCUGACCUGCGACGACAUCUCCGGUCAGACCGAGUGCGCCGAGGACCGGCCCUGCAGCAGCCCAGGCUGCUGGUGCCCCACUGGGCAGGUGCUGGGCAGUGAGGGGCAGUGUGUGCGGCCCGGGCAGUGCCCCUGCCUGGUGGACGGUGCCCGCUACCAGCCCGGGGAGCACAUCGGGGUCAACUGCCAACUCUGCAUCUGCCGGGACGGGCGGCCCCAGAGCUGCCGGCCCAGCCCGGACUGAGCCGUGAACUGUGGCUGGUCCUCCUGGUCCCCCUGGGCCGAGUGCCUGGGCCCCUGUGGGAGCCAGAGCAUUCAGUGGUCCUUGCGGAGCCCCAGCAACCCCCGCCGCUCCCGCCGAGGCCGCCAGUGCCGAGGCAUCCACUGCAAAGCCCGCAGGUGCCAGACGGAGCCGUGCGGGGGCUGCGAGCAGCACGGCCAGGUCCACCGCGUCGGGGAGCGCUGGCGAGGGGGCCCCUGCAGGGUCUGCCAGUGUCUGCACAACGGCACCGCGCUGUGCUCCCCCUACUGCCCGCCGGGCAGCUGCCCCCAGGACUGGGUCCUGGUGGAGGGCAGGGGAGAGUCGUGCUGCCACUGCGUCCCGCCUGGGAAGACACCAGCUUCGGAGGUGCCUCGCCCGAGUCCUGGGGAGUCCGCGCAGACAGCGACCGUCACCCCCACCUCCCAGCCCAAGGCCAUGGCCCUGCAACCAAGAAUGGCAGCCGUGACAGGGCUGUCCCCACACCCGAUGACUCCAGGGGCCCCCGCCAGCCAGAGCCCGGCCCCGGGGCCCUUCCCGAGGGUGCAGUGCGGCCCCGGCCAGGUGCCCUGCGCGGUGCUGGGCUGCGUGGAGCGGGAGCAGCUGUGUGACGGGCGGGAGGACUGCCUGGAUGGCUCGGACGAGAGGCGCUGCGUGAGCCCUGGGCCCUGCCCGGUGCCCACCACGGCCCUGCCCGGGCUGCCCUCCCCGCGAGGCCUCUGCUCCGCGUGGCAGCUGACUUGCAGCAGCGGCGAGUGCCUGCCCCCCGAGCGGCACUGCGACCUGCGGCCCGACUGCCAGGACGGAUCGGAUGAGGACGGCUGCGUGGACUGUAGGCUGGCUCCCUGGUCCGGCUGGAGCCACUGCAGCCGCAGCUGUGGCCUGGGCGUCGCCUUCCAGCACCCGGGAGCUGCUGCAGCCACCUGCCCCGGGGGCGGCUGCCCGCCUGACCGCCUCCGCAGCCAGUCCUGCUUCAUGCGGGCCUGCCCUGGUAACUGGCUCCCGCGCCCCUCAGGCCCUCGCGGGCCCCGGGCAGGGCACCUGGGCUGGGCUCCCGUCAGAGACGCGCACCAGGGAGGUGUCCCUGCUCCCUCUAGGGGGGCAGCCCUGCUCCGACGUCGCAGCCUCACACCUCCACAGGGCUUGUCGGGAAGGCUGUCCCCAACCCUGCCCUCCUGCUGCCCCAGUGGCCCUGGACAGGCCCCUGACGUCCCCACCUGUGGGCGCCAGAGUAACAGGCGCUCCCGCCUGAGGGAGGGUAGCGGGCAGAGCCCCUGGUCCUGGACUCUGGGCGCAGUGACCUUGCGGACCUUCUGUUCUGUGGGUCCCCCACCCUGCCACUGCAUUCCAGAGAGGGGUCUCUCUUCAGCCCCCACAUUUGGCUUCCUAGCCUGGCUGGCGGGGGCGUGGACCGCGUGGGAAGCCUGGGGACCGUGCAGCGUCUCCUGUGGGGGUGGCCAUCGGAGCCGCCGGAGGAGCUGCGAGGACCCCCCACCCAAGAAUGGCGGCGCCCCCUGCCCCGGGGCCUCCCAAGAGCGGACAGCCUGUGGCUUGCAGGCCUGCACAGGGGACACAGCCUGUGGGAUGGGCCGUGUGCACGUCAGCGCCGAGCUGUGUCGGAAGGGGCUGGUGCCCCCGUGCCCCCCCUCCUGCCUGGACCCCGAGGCCAACAGCAGCUGCGGGGGGCACUGCCUGGAAGAGGAUGGCUGCGCGCCUCCCUCCCAGUUCCGGGCCUGCGGCUCCCCCUGCGCCGGGCUCUGUGCCACACACCUGAGCCGCGCCCUCUGCCAGGACCUGCCGCCCUGCCAGCCUGGCUGCUACUGCCCCAAGGGACUGCUGGAGCAGGCGGGAGGCUGCGUCCCCCCGGAGCAGUGCAGCUGCCAGCACAUCUCAGGAGAAGGCGCCAGGGUGACCUUGGCCCCUGGGGACCGCCUAUGGCUGGGCUGCAAAGAGUAUGAGUGCCAGCGCGGGGAGCUGCAGUGCACCAGCGGGGGCUGCCAAGGUCUUCUGCCUCUGAGUGACUGGUCCACGUGGUCGCCCUGUGGGCCCUGCCUGCCCCUCAGCGUCCUGGCCCCCGCCUCCAGGACGGCCCUAGAGGAGCGGUGGCCCCAGCACCCAGCCGGCCUCUCCCCAGCCUCGGCCCCCCUGCUGGCCUCGGAGCAGCGCCGCCACCGCCUCUGUUUGGACCCUGAGACGGGCAGGUCGUGGGCUGGGGACCCGGACCUCUGCACCGCGCCGCUCAGCCAGCAGCGCCUCUGCCCGGACCCCGGAGCCUGCCUUGACCGGUGCCAGUGGAGCCCGUGGGGGCCCUGGAGCUCCUGCGAGGUGCCCUGCGGUGGGGGGUUCCGGCUGCACUGGAGAGAGGCAGCGGACCCCCCCGGAGGAGGCUGCUGGGGACCCUGGGCUCAGACCGAGAGCUGCAACCCUGGGCCCUGCCCAGGCUGCCGUUGUCCCCCUGGCCAACUGGUACAGGACGGGCGCUGUGUGCCCAUCUCCUCCUGCCGCUGCGGCCUGCCCAGCCCCAAUGCCUCCUGGGUGCUGGCCCCAGCCGAGGCGGUGCAGCUGGACUGCAAAACCUGCACCUGUGUCAACGGGUCCCUGGAGUGCCCACACCGUGAUGUCCAGUCCUCGGGCCCUGGUCAGCCUGGAGCCGCUGCUCGGCUCCCUGUGGUGGGGGCACCCGGGAGCGCCAUCGGAGCUGCCAGGAGAGUCCCGGGGGGGCGCCCUGCCGGGCCCAGGACGCAGAGCAGCGGCAGGAGUGCGACCUGCAGCCCUGCCCCGCUGCUGCACAGUGGCACAUGCGUGCCCCCCGCUGAGUGCCCCUGCACCCGGCUCUCUCUGCCCUGGGGCCUCACCUUGACCCUCGAAGAGCAGGCCCAGGAGCUGCCCCCGGGGACUGUGCUCGCCCAGAACUGCACCCCCUGCGUCUGCCAAAGGGGGACCUUCAGCUGCUUCCUCGCCGACUGUCAGGGGGAGGUGUGGGCUUUCCGGGUCCCAUCUGGUCCCCCCGAGCCGUGGCUGGGCUGGCGCUGGGGAGGGGAGAGGGUCCUGCACCCCCCCCCACCAGGCGAAGCCGCUGCCUUAAGGAAGCACCUUCCCUCGUCUGUCCACACUGACCCCUCCCUGCCCCGUGUCCUCGGGAUGCUGGGAGGGAAGGACGCCCGGGGUGUGGCCAGGCCCCGGGGUGCGUGUGCCAGCGGGGGCUCCUCCGGAGCCAGGCAGGCCCCUGCGUGACCGCGGAUCUCUGCGAGUGCUGGCACCGCGGGCGCCCCCACCCGGUGAGGCCCCUCGGCUCCUCUGUGCCACCUGCGCCUUCUCAACCCGGGCCUCCCCCCCACCCCGUCCCCCUUCUAGGGCCUGGGGCCACACGUGGGUCAGCCUCUGGGCCGCCAAGGCCCGCCUGCCCCCUGAAACACUCGGGCUGCCUCCGGUCCCGGCUCUGUGCCCUGGCUAGGCCCCAGGCCGGGCUGAAGGGUGGGUGGUGGUGUAGAAAGUCUACGCACUGAGAGAUGGAGAUCGAGGGAGCACGUCCGCCCCUCUCCCCAGCCCGACACCGAAUGGCAGGAGGUCUGUGAGAGCUGCCGCUGCCUCCCUGGGAGGAGCGUCUGCACCCGGCGCUGCCCCCUGCUCACCUGUGCCCAGGGCGAGGUGACCGUGCAGGAGCCCGGGAACUGCUGCCCCACGUGCCGCCGGGCGACUCCGGGAGGUGAUUUCUCAGAGCGCUGAUGGCUCCGCUGCAUGAGGCUGCCCCGGCCCGCUCGGGAUCACCAGGCUCAAGGGCGGUGACCCCCAUCCCCCUGCCCACCCACCACUCCAUGCCUGGUGCCAGCACUUCCCAAAUAAAG